UAAUUAUUCAAAUCGUGGAGCUCGUCGGGGUAUUCCGCGGUUGCUGCACAAGUAUCUCUGAGGUAGCUUACGGCCAGGUAAGUAACUCUCACGAUUUCUGAAUUUGUUAGCACGAUCGCGAACCGCGAAAGUCAUAUGAGAUCGUGGCUUCAACAGGUAAACAUUGCGAACACUACGUUGAACCGCGAUUUUAAAUCAUCAUCGGUAACAUUUCAUAUUGAGCAACAACAUUUUAAUCGAGUGGCCCACGUGUUAUGGGUAUCUUUUCGGUGCAACCGCGUCCGUUGUAAAGCAUCGAAGGUGAAAGUGAAUGUGAUUCGAAUUCGAAUAAAAUCGUUGGUGUUACGUGAGUUUGAAGCCUUAAUUGAUAUCUCUAAAUUCCAUAGUCGGAGCGAGAGUUGUUUUUCCGAAAAUAGGCUUUUCGUUUGGUGUUGAAAAGAGUGUUCUUACCUUUUAAGGUGUCAGUCUAGGUUCAAGGACAGGUGGUUUGUUUAUUGUGUGUAUACUUUUCGUUAGUGGCUAAAACAAAAAGGCAAUGGAAGGUGUUUGGCGAUUUCGAAUAAUGCUGCUAACAGCUUUUGCCCUGAUCAUGUUUGGAGACUACUUUGGAUAUGCCAAUAUACGGACGACCGCUUCGAAAAACCCUACAACAUUGAGAGACGCCCAGCCGGAGUUAGAUAUUGAAGAAGUUGUACAAGAACCGAAUAAACUCAAAGCUCGACUUGCCGGAGCCAUUAGAGAAUCAUGCCUGCCGAAGAUGCUUUGUGAAAUGGCCUCCCGCCCGGAAUAUACCUUAUCUGAUAGGGAGAAGGAACUGUUGCAACUUCUGAAGUCAACAACAAUGUCCUUGACGAUGAAUGGUCCACCCACGAAAUGGCAUUUUGCAGCUCACAUGGGUGAACUGAUGAAAUACACCGGCGAUGCGAAUAGUGGACCCAUUGGAUGUGCAAGCCUUUGGUCUCAAUGCCCAUUCAGUUCAAAAAAGCUGAUGAAGCUAACAUACAAAGUGAACCUGAAAUAAUCGAGAGCCGGAUCUAAAAACUGAGAAAGAUGCCCUUUAUUUAACCCCCCGGGAGUGGCCGUUGCGUUACGCAGUCAUCACUUUUUCGUUUUUGCGUAAUAUGUAAAUGAACUUGACUGAACUAUAUUAAAGAUACACUAGUCUAAAAAUAUGCACGAUAUUGCUGUAUACCUGUAGCUUUUGUAUAAGAUAUGGUAAUUGCCCAUCCCCAAUUUAGCGGUUUAUGUUAAGUUGCUUUUCAUUGAAAUGGAAAUGAAAAUUGUUCAGAUUACUCUUUAGACCGCAGAUUGCUUUGUAUCUGAAGCACUCAAUGACUUUCAAUCUCGGUAAACCGAAUUAUAUUCGGUUUAUAUUUUAAUCCCACAUCAGAGUUACUACUUUGAAUAGUCAGGGUGAACUUUCAAAAUUAGUUUCGCUUUUAAUAUGAGAUGAAAGUGUAAAUUAACCUCUAUGGAAAAAGAUAUUUUUUCAAGUGAUUAUUGUAAUGUAUGUAAUGUAAAUAUGUAAUUAUAAGAAUCUUCGGCUUAAUAAUGUGCAAUUGCAGCAAACCAUAUAGUACAGUAAUUCCCAUAAAAGUAUACAUUGUACGAUACAAUUUUGGAUGGCGUCUGGUUGGUCAUUUUGCUGCAAAAAGAUAAAAUGUAUUUAGUUAAUAUCCUCACUCGAUAAAGCCAGUUGUGAAUGGGUCAAUACCAUCAGCAGUGCCAAACUGCUCGUUGAAAAAGUUAUUAAUUUUAAAAUAGGAUGACAUUUAAUAAAUUUUAUCUUAGAGUGAAAAACUAAGUGAUUUCUAGAUAUAUCUAUGUAUAGAAUAUAAACUUAAGUUUGUUUUUGUUAAAUCUUUAAUAGUGAGUAUAGUAAUAUUUAAUAAGAAAUCAUCAAGA